ACACGCGUACUUGCCGUACGCACUGGAAAUUCUAUCGCCUCUUAUCAAGGACGCAAGAUAUCCGAGCGUGGGGAAGUUCUCCUCCCAUCUGAUCUCUGCCCACUCUCGCAAGCUAUAUCGUGCCAUGAACCCCUGGCAGCCGCGAGCGGAAACACAAACAUUUGUGUAUUCAGCAUCCGAUGACGAAGAUGUCUUUCGUUUUCAACGCGGUGCACUUACUAUGGGCUUUCGCACUCGUUGGUGUAAACUGCAUUUUGUAUCCGCGAGACUCGGAGAGCCGACAGACAGUAAGACUCGACGGCAUCUGGAAUUUUAGAGUGUGUAGUGUGUUUGAUCAGGACGUAGGAUUCCGGGAACAAUGGUACAAACGUCCACUGUCGGAGACAGGCGACGUCAUCCCAAUGCCUGUGCCAUCGAGCUACAACGACGUCACCCAGAACCAAACUAUCCGCGACUACGUGGGUUGGGCCUGGUACGACACACAAUUCUGGGUGCCCUUGAGUUGGGAUUCGAGUCACAGCAGAGUUUUCCUGCGCUUUAACAGCGCGCACUACCUGGCCCAAGUGUAUGUCAACGGGGAAUUCGUAGUAAGCCACGUUGGAGGUCACCUUCCUUUCGGCACUGAAGUCACUCUGUGGCUCAAGUACGGGAGACGCAACAGGAUCACCGUCGCGCUGAACAACACGCUGACGCACGAUACAAUCCCACAAGGCGAAGUAAUCUUCCCUCAAGACGCCAGCAGGUACCCGAAGGAUUAUUACCGUCAGACCGUGUUCUUCGAUUUCUUCAACUACGCGGGCAUACACCGUAGCGUCAUUUUAUUCACUACUCCAAAACCUUACGUCGAUGACGUUACUAUUACUACUCUAUCUGCAUCUGCGGCCUCCACAAGCGCGUCUGUGCACUACAACGUCACUGCCAUGGGGACAGAAAGUGAUGUGACUUGCAGCGUCACCGUCCUGAAUGACAUGAUGCAGCAAGUCGUUUCUCAGGAUGGAUGUAGUGGCAAGGUGGACAUCAAGAAUGUGCAGCUCUGGUGGCCCAUCACAAUGCACCCCGUUCCUGGAUACCAAUACACACUAAAGGUUGAGCUAUCGGACGGUUACGAGACGGAUACUGUGUACGAGAAAUUCGGAGUCCGCACUGUUCGUGUAGGAAACGCAACAUUCUUCAUAAACGACAAGCCAUUCUACUUCAGAGGGUUUGGUAAGCAUGAGGACUCAGAUAUUAGGGGAAAAGGCCUGGACCUGCCUUUGAUAAUCAAAGACUUCAACCUGAUUCGUUGGAUUGGGGCAAACUCAUUCCGGACGUCUCACUACCCGUAUGCGGACGAAAUCAUGGAUCAGGCUGAUGCACAGGGAAUUGUUGUCAUUGAAGAAAGCCCUGCUGUGGCUCUGAGGUCAUUCCAAAAAGAUCUUCUGAAGCAGCAUCAGGAACGUAUGAAGGAAAUGUACCAGCGAGACAAGAAUCGACCAUCAGUCGUGAUGUGGUCCUUGGCGAACGAGCCCAAGUCAGCUCUCAAAGAAGCUGGCCCAUACUUCCAUCAGCUGGCUGCAUAUGUUAGAGGCCUGGACAGCAGCAGACCUAUAACUGCCGCCCUGAACGCAGGACUCAACGACCUCGCGGGGCAGUACCUGGACGUGAUUAUGCAUAACAAAUACAAUGCAUGGUACGGCGACUGUGGCUCUUUGGACGUCAUUGUGCUAAAAGUUGUUCACCAGUUCGACGACCUCUACCGCCAUUAUCGCAAGCCUAUCAUGAUGAGCGAGUAUGGAGCUGGAUCCAUCCCAGGCCUUCACCAGGAUCCACCGUUUGUCUUCACCGAAGACUACCACACCGCGCUCCUUGUGCGCCAUCACAUUGCCUUCGACCAGCUUCGUGAACGGGGCUACUUUAUCGGCGAGCACGUGUGGAAUUUCGCUGACUUCAUGACUGACCAAGAGACAACCAGAGUGGAUGGCAACAGGAAAGGGAUAUUCACCCGUGAGAGACAACCAAAGGCAGCAGCCAGGGUUAUCCGGUGCCGCUACAAUCGGCUUGGUGGAGUAUCAUUACCGGACAUCGAUGUGUAUUGUCCGUACGGGUGACAUGUUUCGAGCUGUUACACAUUUGAUUUUUAAAUAAAAUCGUUACUGGUCCCCCA